AAAUGCCAAGAACUCCCAGCACUUUCCCACUAUCUGGACAGCAAUAUUGAGGUGAAGGACGAAGACAAGUUGGUGCAGCAGGUCCUGGCUCUAAAUCUGCAGAUGCAGGUUGCUUUUGCAAUAGUUGUGGCUCGUUGUGCAACUCACUGGUCUUCUCUGGACCUUGUAUUCCUGGAUAUCUGUAAAUCCAGACACCAAGGAUAUGACAAUUUACAGAACUGCAGUGUCAUGCAAAAUCACCAGCAGCUAGAGAAGAAAGCACUUCCCUGUCCAGGAAGUCUCUCUCCUGCCACUACCUCCAGCUACCUGGUGACCCUCUUCACCUUUGCACAGGUCCCUCAGGCCUUGUUCCCAGACUCUGCAACUCCCGCCAUGCCUCUCCUCCUCCUCCUCUCCAUGCUGAUUCUGGUCACUCAGCCUCCGAGGUCUCUGGGAACAGGAAUGAAGACCUAUUCCCAGAAAACAGUGCCUGGUGCCUGCACCCUGGUCAUGUGUAGCCCUGUGGAGAAUGGCCUGCCUGGUCGUGAUGGACGAGAUGGGAGAGAGGGUCCCCGGGGCGAGAAGGGGGAUCCAGGUUUACCUGGAGCUGUAGGACAAACGGGGAUGCCUGGACCAGUUGGGCCAGUUGGGCCCAGAGGGGACAAUGGCUCUGCUGGAGAACCUGGACCAAAAGGAGACUCUGGGCCACCUGGACCUCCAGGACCUCCAGGUAUGCCUGGUCCACCUGGAAGAGAGGGUCCCUCAGGAAUGCAGGGGAACAUAGGACCUCAAGGCAAACCAGGCCCCAAAGGAGAGAUCGGGCCCAAAGGAGAAGUGGGUGCCCCAGGUAUGCAAGGCUCUGUGGGGUCAAGAGGCCCUCCAGGUCUUAAAGGAGAGAAAGGUGUGCCUGGUGAGCGUGGAGCCCCUGGAAAUGCUGGAGAAGCAGGGCCUGCUGGAGCCAUGGGCUCACAGGGACCUCCAGGUGCCAGGGGCCCCCCAGGACUGAAGGGGGACAGAGGUGCUCCUGGGGACAGAGGAGCAAAAGGAGAGAGUGGGCUUCCAGAUGCCACUGCUCUGAGGCGGCAGGUGGAGGCCUUACAGGGACAGGUACAACGCCUUGAGGGUGCCUUCAAUCGGUACAGGAAAGUGGAUCUGUUUCCUGAUGGACGAGGUGUUGGAGAGAAGAUCUUCAAGAUAGGAGGCUUUGAAAAAUCGUUUCAAGAAGCACAGCAAGUAUGCAGACAGGCCGGCGGGGAGUUGCCCUCCCCGCGCUCUGCAGCUGAGAAUGAGGCCUUGCAACAGCUGGUCGCAGCUCAGAACAAGGGGGCUGCGUUCCUGAGCAUGACUGACUCCAAGACAGAGGGCAAGUUUACCUACCCCACAGGGGAGACCCUGGUGUAUUCCAACUGGGCCCCGGGGGAGCCCAACAAUGAUGGUGGAGAAGAGGACUGUGUGGAAAUCUUCGACAAUGGGAAGUGGAAUGAUAAGUCCUGUGGAGACAAACGCCUUGUGAUCUGCGAGUUCUGAGCCACCAAGGGUGGGUGGGGCACUCAUGGCCCAGGAGCCUGACCAGUGAGUCAGGGCCCAGACCUGUGUGCUGCCAAUGUCCCUGAAAUAAGCUGACACCUCUGCUGGCCACGGCUUCUCCUCAGAGCCAUGGGAUGAGGCCAGAGGUAGGGCUCCCUGGAACGCCUCUCUCAGAAUAAAAUAUGAA